UUAAGUUCUUCCGCAAGAUGGCGGAUCCCAACCAACAAGAAGAUAAUCUCUCUCCUAAUAUUGAGGAAAAUACCAACGACAACGCACCACUGUUGCAGAAUCAAGAACGAAAUGAGCCUCCGCCACCCUUUAAUUCUGGAUUUAAUGCUCAAGAUUCUGUUCCAAGCCCAAACUCACCCCCUCCAGCCUACUCUGAAGUACCUCCACCCUACACACCAGCUCCAGUGGGUUCCAUUCCGGUAAAUGCUGAGCCAUCGGUCAUCUGUAGAGUUUGCCAACAAAUCAUUUACAUCCGUGGUAGAGAGCAGCAAAGGGUGGUCAAGUGUUCCAUCUGCCAAGAGGCUACACCAAUCAAGCCACCUCCCUCAGGGAAAAAGUAUAUUCGCUGCCCAUGUAAUGCACUCCUGACUUGCAAAGUUACUUCAACAAGAAUUUCAUGUCCAAGGCCAAAUUGCAAAAGAAUAAUAAACUUGGCCGUGAGGACUGCAUCUGUUCCAUUGACUACAACCACUACAACAAGAGGCAGAUUCAGAGUGACUUGUGGACACUGCAAUGAAAUAUUUGUGUUCCACACAACUACUCACUUAGCAAGGUGUCCACACUGCAGGCGUGUAUCGUCUGUUGGCCCAAGUUUUGCCAAGACUCGUGCUACAAUCUUUGCCGUAAUUGGUUUUCUUUUCCUGGCUGCUGGAGUUGGUGUUACGGUUGGCACCUAUGAGAUGGCCAGGGAAUCAUCAGGUAUAUAUGUGGUUUGGAUAGGAGCAUUCAUUGCUGGAGUAUUGAAUUUAAUAAGGAGCUGUUACUACUGUACUAUGACAGUAAGCACCAUUCGAGGAGAAAUAUAAAUUUUAAAAAAGCACGAAAAUUUUUUUUUAUAGAGUUCUGUCAAUAGCAAUCACAACUGGCAGUUUUAGGUAAAACAAAAACGAACAAAAAAAACAGAAUACAGAAAAUGUGUAUUUUCAGGUUUGAUAUUCAGCAGAGCUAAGCACAAAAUGAUGAAGAACAUUCCGAUGCUAUAUUUCGGUUCAAUCACUUUCCCCUGAUUAGGGUUUUGAACUGAAUUGAAAUAUAGCAUUGUUCAUUGUUUUUUUGCUUUUCUUGGUUGAAUAACUGAAUAUGCACAUUAUUUGUAUUACAUUAUUUUAGAACUCUGUUACGCAUUAGUAUUUCUUCUACUGGAAUAUCUUGUGCAAUACUAUCCUCUGACAAAGUCCAGAAUACAAGCAUCUGAGUUAUUGUUGCACAGGGUUUCCUGCAUAGUGCAUUAAU